GAAGUAUCCUGGGUAACGUCCGGAAGUUGCUAGGUGCAGCAGAGAGGCUAGCUUAGACUUGUUUAAAAGUGAAGCAGCAGCAGUAGCAUUGUGGUUUCUGGACAUGGCUGUGGACUGGAUUGGGUUCAGCUAUGCUGCCCUGGUAUCAGCAGGAGGAGUCAUGGGUUAUGUGAAAGCAGGCAGCAUCACCUCUCUGGCUGCAGGGCUCCUGUUUGGCCUGCUGGCUGCAGUCGGUACUUAUCUGGCAUCUCAAAAUCCCAAGAAUGUCUGGCUUUCACUAGGCACUUCAGGAACUCUGGCGGUGGUGAUGGGACUAAGGUUUCUCAGCUCCUGGAAGUUCAUGCCAGCUGGUUUAAUGACUUUAGCAAGUGGACUGCUGCUGGUGAAGAUCAUAUCUGGAAUGCUCAAGAGAUCACAUAAAUCAUGAAAAUAUCCAAAUAUGCCUUUCCUGCGUGUCUGCGUUCACAAGCAUUCCCCUGAUGUGGUUUCUUAUUACAGUCUAGUUCUGUAGAAAACGUAUAUGUACAAGAAACAAAAUCAAAGCAAUUUUUAUACAGUUAAGAUGUUUUCAGUCUGUAAAUAUAUAUCUACUGCUUGUAAAAUAAUAAAUUCACCCACUUUAAUAAAAAAUAUCA